CAGCGCGCCUCACGUGAUGCAGGUGCGGCCCCCGCCCCGCCGCUCCCGGCGCUCGCUCCCUUUGCUGCGCGCCCUCCCCGCCGCCCCCCCGCGGAUGCGCCGGAGCCUCCGCGCCCCCGCAGACUUGGAUCGUCUGGCUAAUAAACAAACAUGAGUCAUCUGAAGUUGUUUGCAGCUACGCUGAAGAGGCAUGGCUUUAAACUUCUGGAAAAUCAGGAUAUAGCCAGAAGGGCGUUUUUACAUGGCCAACGGUAUGUUUCAUCAGGAACCUCAGAGCCAUUCCUGAGUGGGAGUAAUUCCAAUUAUGUGGAGGAAAUGUACUAUGCAUGGCUUGAAAACCCUAAAAGUGUACAUAAGUCCUGGGAUGUGUUUUUCCGAAGUGCUAAUGCUGGCCAAGCAGCCCAUCUGCCAGCUCAGCAGGAGGGAAAGGGAUCAUUUCUGCAGAGCCAUGGCCUGGCCCCGAGACCAGGGACGGCUGAAAAGGCUGUUGAAGACCACCUCGCUGUGCAGUCCUUGAUAAGGGCAUACCAAAUUCGUGGCCAUCAUGUGGCUCAGCUAGAUCCCCUUGGAAUUCUGGAUGCAGACUUGGAUUCGUUUAUUCCAUCUGACCUCAUUACCACAAUUGAUAAACUUGGGUUUUAUGGUUUGCAUGAGUCAGAUUUGGACAAAGUCUUUCAGCUGCCAACAACCACCUUCAUAGGAGGAAAUGAGAACAGCCUAUCUUUGCGAGAGAUCAUCAAACGCCUGGAGCAUACCUACUGCCAACACAUUGGCCUGGAGUUCAUGUUCAUCAACGACGUGGAGCAGUGCCAGUGGAUCCGUCAGAAGUUUGAGACGCCGGGUGUGAUGAAGUUCACGAACGAGGAUAAAAGGACUUUGCUGGCAAGGCUGGUGCGCUCCAUGAGAUUUGAAGAUUUCCUUGCUCGCAAGUGGUCUUCCGAAAAGAGAUUUGGUUUGGAAGGAUGUGAAGUAAUGAUUCCCGCACUUAAGACCAUCAUUGAUAAAUCCAGUGAAAUGGGAAUUGAAUAUGUUAUAAUGGGAAUGCCUCAUAGAGGUCGGCUGAAUGUAUUGGCUAAUGUAAUCCGAAAAGAACUGGAGCAGAUCUUCUGUCAGUUUGAUCCCAAACUUGAAGCAGCUGAUGAGGGAUCUGGGGAUGUAAAAUACCACUUGGGAAUGUACCAUGAGAGGAUCAACCGAAAAACAAACAAGAAAAUCACUCUGUCCCUGAUGGCUAACCCUUCUCACUUGGAAGCAGUUGAUCCUGUUGUGCAAGGCAAAACAAAAGCUGAACAGUUUUAUCGAGGGGAUACAGCAGGGAAAAAGGUUAUGUCCAUAUUAUUACAUGGGGAUGCUGCCUUUGCAGGACAAGGAGUGGUUUAUGAAACUUUUCAUCUUAGUGACCUCCCAUCCUACACCACAAAUGGCACUAUUCAUGUUGUGGUCAACAACCAGAUUGGCUUUACCACAGACCCCCGUAUGGCCCGUUCAUCCCCAUAUCCCACUGAUGUUGCUCGUGUGGUCAAUGCUCCCAUUUUCCACGUGAACGCUGAUGACCCUGAAGCAGUGAUGUACGUGUGCAGCGUAGCUGCAGAGUGGCGAAACACUUUCAAUAAGGAUGUGGUGGUUGACUUGGUUUGUUACCGUAGGCGAGGUCACAAUGAAAUGGAUGAGCCCAUGUUCACCCAGCCUCUGAUGUACAAGCAGAUCCAUAAGCAGGUGCCAGUGCUGAAGAAAUAUGCUGACAAACUGAUUGCAGAUGGGACUGUGACACUACAGGAAUUUGAGGAAGAAAUUGCAAAGUAUGACAGAAUAUGUGAAGAAGCAUAUACUAGAUCUAAGGAUAAUAAAAUCCUUCAUAUCAAGCACUGGCUGGAUUCACCUUGGCCUGGCUUCUUUACUGCGGAUGGAGAGCCCAAGAGCAUGUCGUGCCCCCCGACGGGUAUUUCGGAGGAGCUGCUGACUCACAUUGGCAACGUCGCUAGUUCAGUGCCAGUCAAAGACUUCAAAAUACACUCAGGACUCUCUCGGAUUUUGAAAGCCCGCUCGGAAAUGACCAAGAACAGGCUUGUUGACUGGGCCUUAGCAGAGUACAUGGCUUUUGGCUCUGUGCUCAAAGAAGGGAUCCAUGUCCGACUGAGUGGGCAGGAUGUGGAGAGAGGUACUUUCAGCCAUCGUCACCAUGUACUUCAUGAUCAAGAAGUUGACAAGAGAAUUUGUGUUCCCAUGAAUCACCUGUGGGAGCAGCAGGCCCCCUACACGGUGUGCAACAGCUCUCUCUCCGAGUACGGGGUCUUAGGUUUUGAGCUUGGCUUCGCUAUGGCGAGUCCCAAUGCCCUGGUGUGCUGGGAAGCCCAGUUUGGGGACUUUCACAACACGGCUCAGUGUAUAAUAGACCAGUUCAUCAGCUCCGGCCAGGCCAAGUGGGUUCGGCACAACGGGAUCGUCCUGCUCCUGCCACAUGGGAUGGAAGGAAUGGGUCCAGAGCAUUCAUCAGCCAGGCCUGAGAGGUUUCUGCAGAUGAGUAAUGAUGAUUCUGAUGCCUAUCCAGAGUUCACUGAGCAGUUUGAAGUUUCCCAGCUGUAUGAAUGCAACUGGAUUGUGGUGAAUUGUUCAACUCCAGCAAAUUACUUUCAUGUCCUCCGAAGGCAGAUCUUGCUGCCAUUCAGAAAGCCGCUGAUUGUUUUGACACCCAAGUCACUGCUGAGGCAUCCAGAAGCUAAAUCCAGUUUUGAUGAAAUGGUGUCUGGUACCACUUUCCAACGUGUGAUUCCUGAGAAUGGGCCAGCAGCUCAGGCACCACAUGAGGUCAAGCGAGUGAUUCUCUGCACAGGAAAAGUCUACUAUGACCUUGUAAAAGAAAGAAAGAACCAAGACCUGGAGAAACAAGUAGCUAUAACCAGACUUGAACAGAUCUCACCAUUCCCCUUUGACUUGCUGAAAGAAGAGCUUGAUAAGUAUCCAACUGCUGAUCUAGUCUGGUGUCAGGAGGAGCACAAAAACAGUGGAUAUUAUGAUUAUGUCCGACCUCGUUUCCGCACUAUUGUGAACCGCACUCGACCCAUCUGGUAUGUUGGCCGAGAGCCUGCUGCUGCACCUGCCACAGGCAACAAGAACAUGCAUCUGGUGUCACUCAGAAGGUUCCUGGAUACAGCUUUCAACCUGGAGGCCUUUGAGGGAAAGACAUUCUAACUGCAGGGCCUCGACCUGUCUCUGACUAGUAGUCUCUCAAAACACUGCAUCCAAAAUGAAAGUGGGGAAAAUACUGGAAAAUAUGUAUUUUUGCUUCACCAAAUAAAAGGAUCCAGCAGCUGACUUCAUUACUCUGUACCUUGCUUCCCAGUUUAUAAGGAAAAAAAUUCCAGCUUCUCUUCCACCAUUUUUUUGUCACUUGUCUAUUUAAAUUGGGACCUCUUUGACACAAGAAGCUUCUCUUAUCCCAGGAUGCAAUGUGUGCUUGGGGAGGCUCAUAUCUCAGUCUGUGGGUGUUCUAAUUACUGUAAAUAAGUAGAGCAGGUAUGGACAGCACCACAGUUAUGCACACAAGAGUCAUUACCACAAGGAAAAGAAAUUACUUAUUUCUGUCUAUAUAUCAGAGAAGAGCGAUGAUACUGAAAAGCAGAGUUGGUAGAUGAAAUGUACCAGCUGUGUUUGUUGGAAGGAGAUGGUGAGGUAACCUGGAGAUGUGAGGAGGAAACUGGAAACAGGGAGUCACAUUACAAAGUUGUUCAACUGGGUAACAGUAAGUAGUGUGAACCACUUAGAUAUGAGGUCUAGAAGGGCAGAAGUAAAAGGAACCAAGAAAAGGUUGUUUGGGUAUACUUGAAGAAGCAAGAAUUGUACGUGAGACCACAGCUGACAGAGCAGUGGGUGAUCACCAGGAGAAUUCAGAAUCAAAUUAUUUCAACAGUAAGAGGUGCUCCCACUCCCUGGGCUUCUUGUCUCAUCAAAAUAAAAAGCUGUAAUUAGAAACUUUAGCUAUGAUCAGGUACUACAUACCCAGCCAGGUUUCCAAAAAGGCCUAUGUGCCUUGUAUUGACCUUUUAUUUGGCUUGGAUAACUGUGAUGAUAAACAAACAAUCCUUUUGUCAGAGCAAAGAAGUAAUGUAGUAAGGUACUUACCAUGGAGUCCAGAACUGAACUUAGUCGAAUGUUUGUGAAACUCUGUAGAUUCCUUUUAAUUCAGGCUGGUUGCCCUGGGCUUUUUCUCUCACUGAAGCAUUUCAGCUAAUUCAGUCUUUGAAAACCUAAUAAACUUGGAAAGUACGGCAGUUGACAGCCACAAAUGUUGUUUCCUAUCCCUUUCUAUAGCUCAAAGCAUUAAGCUGAUAGACAGUAACCAUCACCCAAAGUAUUUUAAUGCUUUUAUGAAUGCUUGUUUCUGUAGCAAGAAUUGAGUGCAGCUAAAUAUUCCUGGCUGUUUAUUGUAUUCUCAGCUUGCAUAAGGGAGUCAGUGCUGCAUGAAAUAUGCUAAAUGCACUUUUGCCACAGUAUAGGCAGAGGUAGAAAACAAAAUUAACAUAGAAAUAUAAACAGUAAAUGACAGAUUUUUCACUCUCAUUGUAUAUCAUAGAUUGUGGCAUAAUAGUUUCAUAAAAAUUCCAUCAAAGAUGCAAAAUACCCAAUAAAAUAGAAGUACAUAAGAAGAAAA